AUGAACCUUCACAAACGUAUCCACAUGCGGUACCUAAAGAGGAAGGCUCCAAUAAAGUUGGAGGAGAUAAGAGAUCUUCUCAAAUGCUAUGGAGAAAGCGGAAUGUGGAAUCGGAAUUACGGAAGGAGAGUUCUGAAACUUGAUGGAGAAGCCGCCUGUUUAAGAGAAACAGAGAAAGUCGCAUUGAAGCGCCGGAGAACAUGGUGGAUAAUGAGAUCCACACAUGGAGACGGUUACAAAGUUACCGGAGACGUGAAGAAGAGUCACGUUAACGUCAAUGAGACGUUGAGGAUGAGGAUGCUUACCUCGGAGAAAAAUGGAUCACAAGAAAUCACCAAGCAAGAAAAGAGGAUGCUUACCUCAGAGAAAAAUGGAGCACAAAGAGGAUGCUUACCUCGGAGAAAAAUGGAGCACAAGUCUGUUGAAGAGUUAACCGAAGAAGACAUGGAGAGAGAUCCAUGCACGAGACGUCAAGGACGUUGGUGGUGUUCAAAGAUGAUACCAAGCAAGAAAGAAGGUUGCUUACCUAAGAAAGAAAAGGGAGCAUAG